AUGUUUACUGCAAAGAGCAAUGACAAAUUACCACCGACUCAUGAUAUUGAACGUGCAACGCGAGAACAAGAAGCUUUUCGAUCUAAAGAAAAGAUUGUAGAAGUUACUGGGGCACUUGGUGAAGGAAAAUUACCUACAACUUCACAAAUAAGCACUGCAAUUGAUGAAAUUCAUCAAUCAGAAAUACUACACGACGCAGCACGUGGUAUGUCAGUGUUGGGUAAAAAAAUAUCGGCAGAUUUGGAAAAUUUUUUAGAAGCUUUGAAAAUAUUCUUGAAAGAAAAAAAUCGCGGGGAUGAAAUACAAAAUUUAGUUUAUAAUAGUAGUCGAGCAAUUAAUGAUAAUUUACCAUCCGGUGAAGAGAUUAAACAGGAAAUAAGUGAUAUAGCAACUACUAGUAAACCUUUACUUAGCGAAGGAGUAGAAAAGACGUUAAAUAUAUCACGAUUGUUAAUUUCAAGUUCAGAAUUUCGUAAAUUGGUUAAUGAUAUUAGCACAAUCGCUCAAGACAUAAUAGCCUAUGCAGUAAAUGAAGAACCAAAUCAAAAUAAUGAUAAUUAUGAUAAAGAGAAAGGAAUUGAUGAAGCGAUUACUGAAAUAGGUCAAAAAGCACGUGAACAAGUAUACCCUACUGUAAAAACAACAGCUAAAAUAACUGAACCUUACAUUAAGGACGCUAGUGAAGGAAAAACCAGUGUACAGGAUUCUGCCAAAGAAGGAUUAAUGGCGAUAACCUCAAAUGUCAAAUCUGUUAUUUCCGGUUAUCAACUUUCACCGAAAGCACGUGAACAGUUAAUUACACGCUUCAAAAAUGUGAUGAUCGAGUUGCAAUACAAACCAGAAUAUCAACAGGCCAUCCAUGAUUUAAUAAAUAUAGUUUCUCAAAUUACCGAGAAAUCAAGUGAAUUUGCCACUCAUGUCGUUCAACCUAUUAUUGAUGCCGCCACUGCUAGCAGCAGCACUUCCAGUAGCGAUGACGAAACUCAUCAUCAACAUCAACCAAGUCGAUCAAGAUCGUCAACACUAACACCGUCAUCAAUUGAAGUGGCAGAACAAAAUGCAAAGGAACUUAUAGAAAGAUUUGCAAAUAAUCGAUCAUUAGACCCAUUAAUUUCAGAAAUACAUGAAUUUGGACAAAAAAUGGAAAACGAUGAUGAUUUGCGCGAGUUUCUUAAAGAGCUUAAACAAUUUGUUCUUUCCUCAUUACUUGAAGCAAAAUUUAUUAAGAAUCCUAAUUAUGUUCGACAAGGAUUCGAGUUGAUUGAAAGAGGACAAAGAAUUUUAUUAGAUCAUUAUGGUGAAUUGACUCGAAAAAUCAUUAAUGAAGUUCUGGAAUUUAACAAAGCGAUGCUGGAGGAUAAAAAGACAUUGAAAUUAAAAAAUGAUAUCAAUAUCUUGAUUGAAGAUUUUUUCUUGAAUGAGUUGGGUCAUUUCACAAUUAAAUUUCAAUUGAUCAAAGAUUUCUCAAUUGUUUUACCUCGUCUUGCUAAAAAAUUGGAAUACAUUCCUUUACCAAGAUAUGAAUGUUUUGAUGAAAAUGUAGAAUUUAUUGCUGAUAAUAUCAUUGUUCAUUUAUAUGAAUUUCUCCCAAAACACAUUAAUAUUGGAUUAAAUGCUGAUAUAGAUGUGGAACGACCAGAAGAAGAUCGAGUUAUUAAUAUAAUCACAGUUGAAAUUUCUAAAUUUCAUAUCGAUGCACGUAAUAUUGCAUUUUUUUAUAAGAAAAAAUAUGGGCCUUUUAAAUUCAGAGAUUUUGGAUUUGUUGAUUUUUCAAUUCCACGAGAUGGUUAUGGACUAAAACUUAAUAUUAAAGCUAGAUUUACCAUCCCUACUGAUGGUAGUAAGCCAAUUUCAAUAAAACUUGAGCAAAGUGAUGUUCAUAUUAGUGAAUUAAAAUUAAGGUUCCAUGAUACUAAAUACAAGUUAUUAUAUAAAAUAUUUUUACCAUUCAUCGAAAGAAGUUUAAAAGGAUAUUUAGAAAAUGCAAUCACCGAAGCUUGUCAUCAAUUAGUAGAAAAAUUAGAAAAUCAAUUGAUAUUUGUUCAAGCACAAAUGCAAAAAUAUCAUAAUUAUAACAAAACUGAUGCUGGUGAAGGUCAAUCAGAAGAUAAAUUAAAACAAAAAAAGGCUUGGAAAAGUGGUGCCUUUGAUCCAACACUUGGAGCUACGACUAGUGAUAACGACGAUAAAGUUGAUGACGAUAAAAGCUACUGA